CGGGGGACGUCGCAGAGAAUACAUAAUUACACAAAUGACAGUAGUUAUAGAACAGAUCGAAUCACAGCCCUUAAUCAACUCGAAAAGCAAAUAUAUAAGAAGACAGUUACAGUUAUAUCAAGGAAGAUGACGCACGGCUCGCCUCAGUCAAUUGUUCCUAUUGAGUACUCGCCUUAACAAUUAUUAACAGUUUUAUUAAGCGGCCGCUAUCGGGCACCGAGUAGCGUGCGUCGCGCAACUUCGAUCGGUUGUGUUCACUAUUCAAGAUGUCAAACGAGUUAGUGGCGAAAGGCGAGCGGGUGCUCCUGCAGCAGGCGCGCGACAGAUUCGUCGCAGCGUUUAAUCGCACGCCCACAGCCGCGUCCUGUGCGCCCGGCCGCGUCAACCUCAUAGGUGAACACAUCGACUACUGCGAAGGAUUCGUGUUACCUGUUGCUCUACCCUUCGUGACUGUGGUGGUGGGAGCCUUGAACAACACAGGAGAAUGUAACGUAAUCUCAGUGCUGGGGUCUGGUGAGGAGGUGAAAGCCAGCUUCUUGGCACCGACACCGUCCAGCCCCCUGAAACCAGGGUCACCAGCCUGGGCGAACUAUGUUAAAGGAGUUGUUGCUAACUUCCCAGGUGGUGUGAGCGGGUUCGAUGCAGUCAUUGUGACAGAUGUGCCGAUAGGUUCUGGACUUUCAAGUAGUGCAUCUAUAGAAGUUGCCAUAUUCACAUUUUUGGAAGGACUCACGGGGAAUACUGUAGGGCUUGUAGAAAAGGCGAAGCUAUGUCAAAAAGCGGAGCACGAGUUUCCCGGGAUGCCGUGCGGGAUCAUGGAUCAGUACAUCGUCACUAUGGGCAAGAAGGACCAUGCGUUACUCAUUGACUGCAGAUCAUUAGAAGCCCAACAAAUCCCAAUGGAACUGGGCGAGCUGGCGGUGUUGGUGACCAACACCAACGUGAAGCACCAGCUGACUGGCAGCGAGUACCCCACGCGGCGCGCGCAGUGCCAGGAGGCGGCCGACAGACUCGGACUUCCCUCACUGAGAGGCGCAACUGUGGCUGACUUAGAAAAACUAAAACAACAGAACUGCUCUGAAGAUGUCCUAAAAAGGGCGAAACACGUCAUCGAAGAGAUCUCCAGAACAGAAGAAGUUGGCAGAGUCAUGACAGAAAAGAACUUCCAACGAGUUGGAGAGCUGUUCUACCAGUCGCACGACUCCUUGAGCCAGCUGAUGGAGGUUUCGUGCCCGGAGCUGGACCAGCUCGUGGACAUCAUGCGCGGCGCUCCGGGCGUGUAUGGCGCGAGAAUGACGGGAGGCGGCUUCGGGGGCUGUGUUGUAGCUCUGGUAAAGAAAACUGAAGUGGAAAAUUUAAAGAAGCGAGUUCUGUCUUCAUACAAAGGCACGCCCACAUUCUUCGUUAGUCAGCCGAGCGAUGGAGCGAAGUUGUUAAAAUUGUAAUAAAGUAUAGGUUUUAUUUA